ACCAGCCUUGAAUCCUUGACUGAUACGGAAAUAAAAAUUCAUGAGCGCUAGCAUCCAAGGUUAGGGACUUUUCGCUUCUCAUUUGUUACCUUGCUCGAGAUCCAUUCAAGCCAAUAUUAAAUGCUUCAGCCACUGGGAGAGCUAAAGUAGCCUGUCGGCAGAAGAACCGACCUGAGCGCUAGGUUUGAAAUGGCAAGAGAGACGGGCUGAGCAGUCGGAGAAUAAUAAUCCCUUGAAGAGUAUAAUAAUUAAAAGAGUUGCCCAGCCUUGACAGCCAACCUGUUCCGGAGACCGUUGACAUUAGUAGUUUAAGGUUGACGUGGUGGUGGUGGGAUAGAUCAUGAGCUUUGCAGAUAUCAGGCCACUUCCAUCAAGUUGAAUCUUUCGUAUCGUUGUGACGGUAAGGAUGCGGGGUACGCUGGCGUUGGAGAGGGGUUGGUCAUCGUUGUCCGCGAACGUGACUACGAGAUCUGACAAUACAGGAAUCCCACUGGCAGUAGUGGCAGCGUCCUUUCAAGGUUGGCUUUCAGGUCUCAACUCGCCCUCGCAUCGAAACUUCCAUCAGCUCCCUUUGAUGCUUUCUUCCUCCUACUUAGCACCUGUGGUACAAUCCCUGCCUCACCAUGAGACCGCCUGUCCCGGAGGUCGCGACCCCGCGGUCUCGCAAGUCCUCCCUUGAGCAGCAGCAGUGGAUCGAUCCCCGCACUACUACGACUCCGUCGACCUUCUUUCUGGCCCGCAGUCAACGCUCCGAUGGCUUUGAGGUCUCUCCGAUCGAGUUUGAAAACACAAGGGAUAGUAUGUAUGGCGUGCAGAGCCUCGAUGAAACACUUCCCUCUGCUAGAAGUGCAGCUGCUUCCCAACCUGAGCUGGACCCCACCUCCGCCAGUAAGCCCGUUUCAAUAUCAGCUUCUCCAGUCCCACCGCAACAACAAUGGAGCAACGAUCAAGACAAGAAUUGUCACUUGGAAGCGAGCAAGUCGAUCUCCGGCGAUAUCAACCCAGCUUUCCCUUUAUCUAACCUGACAUCGCCUCGGCCUCUAACCCCGCUAAACCUUGUCAACGCUGACGAUCCUUGCUCCCUCCCGAGCAGCCCAAAGUCCUUUACAAACCAAUCUACAAGACAUCUCGAUGAAAUAUCAAUCACAGAUGAACUGGGUAGUCAAGCGAUUGCUUCCAGCGAGGAAGAUGAGGAGUUACACCCUACCUUCAGUCAGAAUACCGACUCCAUGUCGCAGCUUAUCAUGCCAAGUAUCGCCAUGCCCAGCCGGAGGCCUUUCACGGAUAAAGGACGAGCCUUUGGACGACUGAAACUUUUGUUUGCUGGUGCACCUAGCUCCGGCAAAACAUCCCUCAUCAAAUCAAUCGUCCAGAUUUGUGAAGACAUUGUCCAUGUUGACCCGUUUGACGAACCAACACAUUCCCUGUCACCCUCUCAUUCCGCGCGAUCACCCCGCACCAAAUCUGACAACUAUGCACUCGUUUCGGAAAUAUAUGCCAGCUCCAAGCCCUAUCCGACAUGGUGGUCAGACCUAGAAGACUCGCGCGUUCUCCGACGGCGGAAAAGCAUGGGAGACGUCGUCCUUGAGCGUAACAUAUGCUUUGUCGAUACUCCCGGAAGCCGGUCAAGGGAUACAGGGCAGCUUGACGCGGUCAUUCAAUACAUGAACCAACAACUCUUUCGUGCGACUGCCGCUGCUGAUUGUUCCAAUGCCGAUUUUCAGAAUAUGAUGGCAGGUAAUGGGGGAUCCCAGGUAGAUGCCAUUCUAUAUUUCAUUUCGCAUGAUACGCUUUCUUGUGACAUGGAAGGCAUCCGCAAACUGAGUAGUUGGACAAACGUAAUUCCUGUGAUUUCCAAAUCCGACCUCCUGGCACAGGAUCAAAUCUCGGGCCUCAAAUUUGCUUUUAGGGAAAAAGCACAGGCAGUUUCCCUGAAACCUUUUCACCUUUUUGGGGCAGAUUUCGCCCCAUUCGCAAUAUCAUCGGCCAAGUCGAAUGAUGAUUCCAUCAUGGACGCCAGUACGCUGAUGAGCCCGGACUAUAUACAGCCUCUAGUUGCCUCGGAGCUCGCAUCAUUGGUAGAGCGCUUAUUCGAUCGCGAGAAUAUGGCCUGGAUUCGUCACUCGGCUGCCAAAAAAUUAGCACAGCGGCAGAGGGAUUUGCUCGCGCGACGGCAGAAUCUCUCACAGCUGUCCUUCUCUUCCAGUCCCUAUGGCAACGCCCAAAGCUACACAUUGGCACGGAUAUCAGAUUACUCACGGCAGGAAGAGAAGCGAGCUCAGAUCCAAUUGGCCAAAUGGGCGUCGGACUUAAAUCAAAGCCUUCAGAAUGAACGAGAGCGAUACGCAUCGUUGGCAAGAGGAGAGCGAGCCAUCUGGCUAACAGAACGACUAGGAGAAUGCGUCGUUGACGGUUCUCUUGUCCCCAUGACCCAAACCCCAGGUUUCUGCGGAUUUCGUGGGCCAUCCGGCAAGGCAAAUAAUGGCGGUGUUCUCGUUCGAACCCAAAACGGUCAGAGCGUUGAAUAUCGCAUUGCGAGCAUCAGUCCUCUUGACCCGCUUGGGGUUGUCCGGUGGUCAGAUGAUCUCAAACAACGAGGCUGGGCCAUUGUGCAGAUUGUGGGCAGCUUUGGCGUCGUCGGAGGGCUGGCCCUUGUACUUGCGAAAACUUGGGGCUUGUCCUCACGAAGUUUUUCGGAAUGGCGCUUUGAUUGGUAUUGUUCCAGUGAUUAGAGGAUCACCGGACCAUAAUGCAUAUAGAUGAGUCUAUCAACCAUUUCACGAGACCGCGGGGUUGCGAUCUCGGGGACGUGAUCUCGGGGACAGGCGGCUCAGACGCAAACUCUCAAUCUCUUCCUUUAUCCAUCUGCUGGGCUGCAUCUUUUGUCAACACUACACACACAAUAUGCAUGCAUUCACAGGGCCGUCAAUUCAUACCCAGGCGUUAUCAAGUUUUCUUGCCCUGUUCUCGUCUCCUUCUGUACACUCGUUUUCUUCACCUCUCAACGUGCGUCUCCUCUGCUACCCCAUAUGUGUCUUAUCUAUAUGUGUCAUUUCUUCGGGAGGAUACGGCGAAAUGGAAUCAUCUUUUUACCAGGAGUUUGGGGUUAGCUACAGGUUCUCUAAUCUUCAUAUCGAAGCUUCUUCACCUUGGUUUGUUCAACUACACCAGACCUUUGAUUGUGAAUCAUAACCAAAAGUAGAGCUCUCCACUGCUUUAUAGGGAUGUGAUUUCUCCUUGGACGGCUAUGAGUGUACGGAAUAGAGAAGAUGUGUUUCGAUUGGACUCCCGACAGGGGGGGAAUCCACCCUUACUAUAGUUAUGCUUGGAGAACAAAUGAAGCAGACCGUAUUGUAUUUGGUUUAAUAAAUAGAAACGCUCAAAACGCCAUUAGAUUGACAUCGUCGUUGGUAACAUAAAAGACACCAUCUGCUGCCAUUCCAUCAAUUAAAGAAAUAGACCGAAGCAGUUCGGAGAAUCGUAACAAAAAUCUGUUAAAAUUUUUUUCCACCUUUCCAUCAGUUGAUCUAGUCAACCUCCUCCAUGGCGCUCUCACCGGCUGUAGCGGCGGCGGGAGUCUCCUCGGUGGAGGCCUCGGCAACCUCGGCCUCCUCGUCGAUGUUCAAACCGAGAGAGACGAGCUUGUGGAUGCGCUCAGCGAAGCUGGCGGGCUCAUCAAUGGUGAAGCCGGAGACGAGCAGAGAGGUCUCGUAGAGGAGCUGGGUGAUGGACUUGACGGUGCGGUCGCUCUCGCCAUCAGCCUCAACCUUCUUCUUGAGCUCCUGGAUGAUGGGAGACUUGGGAGAGAUCUCAAAGGUCUUCUUGGAGGACAUGUAAGAGCUCAUGGAGGUGUCACGGAGGGCCUGGGCCUUCAUGAUACGCUCCAUGUUGGCGGACCAACCGAACUGAUUUGCUUCUGGUGCUCCUUCAUGCGGGUGACGUAGUCGCUAAGGGAAGUGGUCUCGUCACCAGACUUGGUGGACUGGUAGCGGAGGAGCUUGGCGAGGGUGUUGCGGUUCUGGGCAUCCUCGUGGAUACCAAGCUUGAUGUUCUUGCUGAAAGCGCUGUAGAACUUGUCAAACUGCUCACGGUCCUCGGCAAUCUCAGUGAAGAGCUCAAGGGUCUUCUUGACGAUAUUCUUCUUGAUGACCUUCAUGAUCUUGUUCUGCUGGAGAGUCUCACGAGACAGGUUGAGAGGAAGGUCCUCAGAGUCGACAACACCCUUGAUGAAGCUGAGCCACUCGGGAAUGAGGUCGGUGGCAUCAUCAGUGAUGAAGACCCGGCGAACGUAGAGCUUGAUGUUGUUCUUGGUCUUUUUGGUCUCGAAAAGGUCAAAGGGAGCACGCUUGGGCACAUAGAGGAUGGCACGGAAUUCGAGCUGGCCCUCGACGGAGAAGUGCUUGACAGCAAGAUGGUCUUCCCAGUCGUUAGAGAGGGACUUGUAGAAAGCGGCAUACUCCUCUUCGGUGAUGUCGGCGGGGUUGCGUGUCCAGAUGGGCUUGGUCUUGUUGAGCUCUUCCUCUUCAAUCUUGGUCUCCUUGAUCGUCUUGGUCUUCUUCUUCUUUUCUUCCUCCUCAUCGUCAACCUCCUCAAUCUUGGGCUUCUUCUCAUCGCCUUCCUCCUCCUCCUUGCUCUCAGCCUCCUCAUCGGGAACCUCCUUCUCAACCUCCUUUACGACGUGGAGGUAGAUGGGGUAGGAGAUGAACUCGGAGUGCUUGCGGACAACCUCCUUGAUGCGGCUCUCCUGAAGGUAUUCGGUCUGCUCAUCCUUGAGGUGGAAGAUCAUCUUGGUACCACGGCCAAGCGGCUCACCCUCGGUGUCUUGGGUGAGAGUAAAGGUACCGCCGGCGGCGGACUCCCAGAUGUACUGCUCGUCAUCAUUGUGCUUCGAGAUAACGGUGACGCGGUCAGCAACGAGGUAGGCAGAGUAGAAACCGACACCGAACUGGCCAAUCAUGGAAAUA